CACAGGUGCUGAGUCAUGGGGAGGGGGUCGGGGGGCUGUGGGGGGGGUGACACUGAGCGCGGCCCCGCUGUCCCCAGGGGGGCUUUCUCGGUGGUCCGGCGCUGCGUCAAGCUGUGCAGCGGCCAUGAGUACGCGGCCAAGAUCAUCAACACCAAGAAGCUGUCGGCCAGAGACCACCAGAAACUGGAGAGGGAGGCGCGGAUCUGCCGGCUGCUGAAGCACUCCAACAUCGGUGAGCGGGGGGGGGGCCUGGGGGGCAACGGGGACGGGUGGUGGGGGGCAGGUCAGGGUUGGGGGUUGCUGUGUCCCCAUAGUGGGGUGGGUCUGGGGGUGGCGGUGCCGCUGACCCCGGGGCUGUUUGCCCGCAGCCACUGCAUCCAGCAGAUCCUGGAAGCCGUCCUGCAUUGCCACCAGAUGGGGGUGGUCCACCGGGACCUCAAGCCAGAGAACCUCCUCCUGGCCAGCAAGUGUAAGGGCGCGGCGGUGAAGCUGGCGGACUUUGGGCUGGCCAUCGAGGUGCAGGGCGAUCAACAGGCCUGGUUCGGCUUCGCCGGCACGCCCGGCUACCUGUCCCCCGAGGUGCUGCGCAAGGAGGCCUACGGCAAACCCGUGGACAUCUGGGCCUGCGGUGUCAUCCUCUACAUCCUGCUGGUUGGGUACCCACCGUUCUGGGAUGAAGACCAGCACCGCCUCUACCAGCAGAUCAAGGCUGGGGCCUACGACUUCCCCUCCCCCGAGUGGGACACCGUCACUCCAGAAGCAAAGAAUCUCAUCAACCAGAUGCUGACAAUAAACCCAGCAAAGCGCAUCACAGCUGACCAGGCUCUCAAACAUCCAUGGGUCUGCCACCGUGCCACCGUGGCCUCAUGCAUGCAUAGGCAGGAGACGGUGGAUUGCCUGAAGAAGUUCAAUGCCCGGAGGAAGCUAAAGGGUGCGAUCCUCACCACCAUGUUGGCCACCCGGAACUUCUCAGUGGGCAGACAGACCACCGCGCCUCCCUCCAUGUCGGCCGCCGCGGCCCCCCUGGGGCUGGUGGAACAAGCAGCUAAGAGCCUGCUCAACAAGAAGGCUGACGGCGUCAAGAUUGCUGAGGGGAGGCUGGGCCCCAGACGAAACAGCACCAAAGGCAUGUUCGCUCUGGCGUGCCAACCAGCCCCAAGCAGGGACCCUCACACCGCCGCAGCGCUGGAGCCUCAAACUACCGUAAUUCAUAACCCCGCGGACGGCAUUAAGGAGUCGUCUGACAGCACCAACACCACCAUCGAGGACGAGGACACCAAAGCCCGCAAGCAGGAGAUCAUUAAGAUCACGGAGCAGCUCAUCGAGGCCGUCAACAACGGGGACUUUGAGGCCUACGCGAAGAUCUGCGACCCGGGGCUGACCUCAUUCGAGCCCGAAGCCCUGGGGAACCUGGUGGAAGGAAUGGAUUUCCACCGGUUCUACUUUGAGAACCUGCUGUCCAAGAACAACAAACCGAUACACACGACCAUCCUGAACCCCCACGUUCACGUCAUCGGGGAGGACGCUGCCUGCAUCGCCUACAUCCGCAUCACUCAGUACGUGGACGCGCAGGGCCGCCCUCGCACCAGCCAGUCGGAGGAGACGCGCGUGUGGCAUCGCCGCGACGGCAAGUGGCAGAACGUCCACUUCCACGGCUCGGGGGCCCCCGUCGCCCCCCUCCAGUGAAGGUGAGGGCGGAUGGGGGGGGUCCCGCCGCCUCCGGACCCCCCCGAGCACCCCCGGCCCCGUCAGCCCGACCCGAGACCCCCCCGCCGAGGCCGAGCCGCCGGCCCGGUGCCGCGGUCCCGGAACACGCGUCCGCAUGCCUUGUGCCCCCAUAUCCCACCCCAUCCAACCCCCCGGACCCUCCUCUGCCCGGUGCCUGUGUUUGCAGAAAAAAAAAAGACAAAAAAAAAAGCCAAAACGACGGAAAACGUUCAAAAAUCGCCUCCCCCCCCCAACCCCCCAAUAACUCCCCAAUAACCCCCCCAACCCAAUUCCCCUCCUGGUUCUUCCUGCCCCGACCACGCUCCCGUUGGCACGGAGGGGCCGCUGGAGCACGCGGACCCCCAUGGUGUCCCCCUCCGUGUGCUGGGCUGGGGGCGCUGCCCGGACCCCCCGGCCGUGCUUGUGGAGUUUCGCUGUUGCUGGUGGUGGAUGUUGUUCUUUGGACUCUGCUUUCGCUCCCUCCCUCCCCGGGUCCCUGUACAUAGAGAGAGCUCUUUAUUUUUGAAUUCCCGCGGGAGCAGCCGGUGCCCCCCCCCCCCCCCCCCUCCCGACCCCCACCCGCUGCUCCCCACCCAUCCCUCUGCCCCACAAGUGUGGGGCGCGCUGAGGGUUGGGGGGCAGGAGUUCAGUCAUUUGGGGGGUGGGGGGGUUCCGGCCCUAAGGGCGGGGAGCGGGCGGGGGGCUCGGGGCUGACCCAGCACCCAGGCAGCGGCGCAAGCACUUUAGACUAAGAGAAGGGGUCUCUUAGGGGGCACAGGCUGCUGCCCCCCCCCGCAUCCGACCCGGCCUCCAGGGGUCACCACUCUUGGGGGGGGAACAUCGCCCCACGCCCCCCCACAUCCCCCCCAACGUCCCCAUCCCGCACCCGUUGUCGCUGGGGCUGUUUGUGGCUGUGGCCGUGGGGCUGGGGGGGGUCGGGGGGUUAUUUUCUGCAUGCCCUUUGCGCGGGAGCACCCUGGAGCGCUAACGCUGUAUGUCGAGGAGCUGAGCUGAGCUGUUUCUGUCCCAUGAAUGCUGGUGGAUCGUUGCCGAAUUUUCUCCCCUCUCCCCUUUUCUCUCGUUCUUUUCCAUCCCUCCCCCCCUCCCCAGCAUUUCCCCCCCCUCCCCCCUCCUCGGACCCCUUUGUCUUUUCUUUCUGAGCCUUGUAAGUGUAAAAGAUGACUCUGAUUUUGUUUUUGUCUCGGAAAAAAAAAAAACUGCAAAUAAAUUAUGAGGAAAAACAA